AUGUCUGGUCCAACACCACAUUCACAUGCUUCAAAUCCAGAACGAAUACCUGCUGUUGAAAUUAAAAAUGAUAUUAAAAUUAAAGCGGCUAUAUCUAAUGAAGCAGCAAGUUCAAUUAUACACUCGUCGUUACGCUCUUUACCUUUAACCGCAGUUAGCAGUCUGCCAUCAUCUGAUUCAUUAGCAAGAACUGUUCGAAGACAACGUCCAACAUUAUCUUUAACUUCAUCUUCUCAAUUACCUAUUGAAUUAAGAAAAACUGAUCGUGGAGACGAUUUUAUACUUUGUGAAGAUAAUGAAAUGAUUAUUUUUACUACAAAAAGAAAUUUGUCUUUGUUAAAAGAAUGUACACAUUGGUUUGUAGAUGGUACGUUUAAGGUUUGUCCUAAACAAUUCUAUCAAUUAUUUACAUUACAUGCCUUGUUAAAAUCUGUUGUUAUUCCACUCGUCUACGGGUUAUUAAUUGGUAAAAGUGGUGAUGAUUAUAAACAGUUUUUUGAAAAAGUCUUGGAACAAGAUGAUUUUCAACCAGAAUCAAUUCUUAGUGAUUUCGAAUCGGGUACAAUCAAAACCAUUAAAGAACUUUUUCCGAAUACUGUACAUAGAGGCUGUCUUUUUCACUAUGGACAAUGUAUAUGGCGUCAUAUACAAGAGAAUGGUUUAUCAACAAAAUAUGAUGAUGAUGAUAAUUUUAGAUUAAAUGUUAGAAAAUUAUUAUCAUUACCUUUUGUUCCAGCUUCAGAAGUGAUCGAAGCGUUUGAAUUAAUUGCUGAUGAAUUCGAUGAUGAAGCUGACACUCUUGUUGAAUAUUAUGAAAAGACAUGGAUCGGAGAGAAGAAGAAACGAGGAGCUGGAAGAAAAAAACCAAAAUUUAAUAAUGAAUUAUGGAAUCUAUAUGAGCGUGUCAUUAAUCAUCUUCCAAGAUCAAAUAAUUCGACGGAUCCCGCCGCCAUUCUGUUUCAUUUUAAAGCAAGCGAUGGUUUCAGCAGUAAUUCAUUGUUUCAUAUUCAUUCUAUUCAGCUUUACAGUAUGUCGCUAGUUCGAGUGAAAUCUCAAUUCUGUCGUGGGAUUGCUCAAUAUGAUCGAUGUUCGCUAAAUAGUGCGUGCGCCUGUUUCCAUAUACCAGGUGCUAUUGACGUUGGCAUUUGUACCGAUGAAUUCGUGGAUUGUUCUGAGCUAGUUGCAUGUAAAAGCUCAAACAACCAUUGUUUUGAACCUAACCAUGAAUGUGUACAUCAUCCUCGAUGUCAUAAUCUUCCUGUUUGUUAUCCAGUGCCUAGUUUCAAUCAACAAUUCUGUCCACCGAUAGCAAUGGCGAACACUACAACUACAAUUCCAACUACAACCAAAACUACCACUGCAAUUCCAACUACAACUACAACAACUAUCCAGCAGCUAGUAAUUCCUAAUAUUCCAGCCAAUGCCCAAUGGGAACAGAAUGGGACGACUGUUGCUGGAGGCCAUGGAGGGGGUGGUGCCACCAAUCAACUUUACUGGCCUUCGGGUCUUUUCGUUGAUGAUGAUCAAACGAUGGUCAUCUCUGACUACAACAAUCAUCGUAUCAUCCAAUGGAAGAUGAAUGAUACGAAUGGAAAAGUGGUAGCUGGUGACAAUGGCAAAGGAAAUCGAUUGGAUCAAUUGACUUUUCCAACCGAUGUGUUGAUCGACAAAGAGACUGAUACUCUCAUUACUUGUGAUCUAGGAAAUCGACGAGUCGUACGAUGGCCUCGUCGUAGUGGCACAACUGAAGGAGAACUCCUCAUCGACAACAUCGAUUGUUGGGGAUUGGCUAUGGAUGAUCAGAGAUAUCUCUACAUCUCUGACGACGAAAAACAUGAAGUAAGACGAUACCAUGUAGGAGAUAAGAAUGGAAUUAUCGUGGCUGGUGGGAAUGGCAGAGGUGAUGGUCUCAAUCAAUUCAACAAGCCGAAAUACAUCUUUGUCGAUCGACAACAGGCUGUCUACGUGUCAGACCGUGACAAUCAUCGUGUGAUGAAAUGGAAUAAAGAUGCAGAAGAAGGAAUUGUCGUUGCUGGAGGUCAAGACCAAGGGAAUAAUCUGACACAAUUGUGGUAUCCUAAAGGACUGUUCGUUGAUACGUUGGGUACUAUCUAUGUGGCAGACUGGGUGAAUGAUCGAGUAAUGCGUUGGCCUAAAGAAGCGAAACAGGGCACUGUCAUUGUGGUUAGACGACGUAUAUUUGGAUCAUCAUUACAAUCUAUUGAGAAACAAACACAAUUAAGAUAG